UGUUUUAUCAAUUAUUUUUUAAUAAAGCUUUAAAUUUAAAUAUCAAAAAAUUACAUUACAAUUUUAUUUGUAAACAACAAAUCUGUCAUUAAAACCCGAUUUUGAUAACUUUUUUUAUUAGUUACAAUUGUUAAUAAUUUUUUUUUUUACAAAUCGUUUUGGAGGCUUAAUAUAAAGCUCAAAUUUUUUUUUAAUUUUUUAAAGGGCAUUAAAGUCCUGCGCCCUUUAGGUUUUUUCAAUUUUGAGAAGCUUCUUAAAGACAAGAGGUCGUACAAAAUGUACACAGAAAAAAAAAAUUUCUUAUUAAAUAAUUUUAAUAAAUUAAUAUUUUAUUGAAUUGUUGAAGAUGAUAAUCAAUAGAUCGAUUCUGAUUAAAAGCAAAACAACCGCGUCAUCAAGUGUAAUGAUAAUGUAAAAAUUCGGCAGAGCAAUCGAAAGGUAAUUUAUCAGAUAUUACUUAUUAAUGAUAUUCAUAUCGUAACUGAAUGUGUGUCAGAGGUUUUAUUUAAAUUAUUUUUCGUCCGUGGUAUCGCGUCGCUAAUUAAUUCCAUGGCAUCCAUAAAGUUUUUGAGUAUUAAUUCGUGAUUUCUUCUUUACUUUGAACAACAAUAAUUCUACAAUGAGUAACUUUGUCAAACAAGGCUUUUGGGAUAAAAAAAAUUCUCUCGCAAACAGCAAUAAAGUCAAGAUAAUUAACGUCGAAAAGGGCUCCAAGGCACCACAAUUUAUUGCAGCUAUUGCUGCGAACAUAUGUGUGAUGGCUGGUGGCGCGAUGGUUGUCUGGUCAAAUCCAAUUCUUCUGAUGCUUGGAGAAGAUCCUGUGAAUAAAGAAAAUCCUCUGGGUCGGUCUAUCAGCGCAGAAGAAGAAUCUUGGAUUGGAUCAUUGAAUGUGAUGGGUUCAAUGAUCGGAAGUCUUUUUCCAGGAUAUUUUGCUGAAAGGUAAUAAAAUUAAGAGCCCGUUCAUAAAAUUCGUCACGAUAAAUUUUACCUUUUUAGACCUCUCCCCUCUUUGUCACGCUGUCACAUUUUCUGCGGCCCCCCUAUCAAUAUCGCAUCACAAAUGAUAUAUUCUCCCCCCUAAGUGCGAACGUAUUUUAAAAUUGGCCCCUUAUUAAUGGGUCUUACUAAAUAUCGAUAUCGUCAAUUACAGAUUUGGAAGACGUACAAUUUUAUUGGCUAGCGUG